ACUGUCACGCCCGUUAAAAGGGAGGUUCAGAAUGAGCGAACCGUCCUCCAGUAACACACUUCAACUGUUGCAGCUGCCCGGAAAGCUAGUUUUAGACAACUGACUAGCCGUAGCCAGUGGUAAACAGCGAACCGUUGAUUUGCUUAUGUAUUUAGCUACGGCAUUUUAAAAGUUAGCUGUCCUAGCCAGCGCAUAAGCAGCAAGAGGAGGGGAAUUUACUGAAACUUGCAGAGUAGAGAUGGAUGGAGACGACUGCAAUUUUCCUCCAGAUUCAUCGGAUGAUCACUCGCAAAGAGGAAGUGUUGCUUCUUCCGCAACACUGUCCCGUGCUCAAGAUGUGCUUGUAUACAUCUGUGGUGACAGCGCAGUACACUUAACAGUAGAAGGACUCUGCAGCGUGUCUGUGCAGGAGUUGGGCCGCAGUGUUCGCGAGGCUCUCCAUAUUCCUGAGUCUGCACAGGAUGCUUUCGCCUUCUGGCUUUGUUCUCCACUGCUCGAAUUGCAGUUAAAGGCAAGGCAUCAACCAUACAAACUGUGUCGGCAGUGGCAGGACUUGCUGUAUCGCUUCACUGAGGCCUCGGAGGAAGACAUCUCACAAGAUGAACCAUGUCUCCAGUACCGCCGGAACGUCUUCUAUCCUAAAUCUAAAGAGCUGCAGAUCGAUGACGAGGGAGUGCUGAGGCUUCUGUACGAGGAGGCCAGGGGCAACAUUCUCACAGGCCGAUACCCCUGCGACCCCGAGCACUGGGCGGGUCUCGGAGCCUUGUCUCUCGCUCUCGAUGAGGGAACUGGUCUUGACGGGCAACAGUUUAGCACUACUAUAAGAAAGAAGAAGCUGUCUUCUCUUCUGCCUGCUCAUGUUGCCAUGGGGAGUGGAGGUUUGCUCUCCACUCUGAGAGGGAAGUUGAGCCGUCAGACGGGCCUUGAGCAGAACCUAAUGGCGGAGUACCGAAAGAUCAGCACACCCGCUGGGAACUCUCCUGAGCCCACGCAGCUCCUGCACCAGUACCUCAACACAUGUCACUCUCUGCCUUACUACGGGUGCGCUUUCUUCUUUGGGGAGAUCGACAAACCAGUGCAAGGGAUUCUCCAAAGGGCCAAACGCAAAGCUGUCAGUGUCGGGAUCUGCCUGGAGGGAGUUUAUGUGAUGGAUGUCAAAGAGAAGCAUGUGCUGCUCGGCCUGCAAUUCAACGAGCUUUCCUGGGACCACAGCUACCCCGAGGAGCAGGGGGACUCGCACAUUCUGUGGCUGGAGUUCGAUGGAGAUGAAGACGGCACUCCUGUCAACAAGUUGCUGAAGAUCAGCUCUGCCCCGUGCCUCUCGAAGACCAAACCUGAACACUGUACACUGAGAUUUAAAGAGAGAGACUCGACACAUAACUGAUAAUAUAUGAACAUGCAAAGGACCAAGCGAGGGAUCCAAGUGUGAGUGGCGAUAUUUAUCUUUUGACGUUGUGUGUGUGUGUGUAUUAAGAGAGUACAGUAAUGUGAAAAACAAAAUGAUCUAUUAACCCCGUAUGCUUCCAAGGUUGAACUGAAGUGGCUGUUCAUUAAAUGGCCUUACGUAAAGAAAAUAUAGCGUUCUCUGAGCACCAUAUGAUGGACCUCCAUGUGUCUGAGACGAGCCUUACAGAAAUCUAUAGACUCCAAGUGUAUGAUAUCUCAUGACGGUCUUUACCCUUCUGCAGCACUCUGGAGCUGUUAAAACGAUGUUAAACCUCAUUCGAGUAUAACUACUGCAUUACCUCUUUCUACUCUUAUAACAAACAUGUUGUAAGAGUAACCACAAGCUCUUUACCGUCAUCAUGACAAACACUUUCAGGGGACGAUCUUAAGGGGCGUGUUCCCCCCUAUUCUGCGUUUUCAAGCUGCCGGUGCCUUGUUCUCAUCAAAGGGUGAAGACACUUAGGAAAAGCACUGGUAGAAAGGAUAAAGGGUUGGUGUUACUGAGCAGAGCGAGUCCGUAUGGGAGCACGUUCUCUGUGUUGUGGAAGUUUCUUGUGAGUACAUGCUUUUAAGAGAUAAUUAAUGUUUGAGGAUAUUUGCAGCUGGUUAUCGUGGAGAGAAAGUGCAGUUGGGACAUCGCACAAAAAUAAUUCUGCUGGGAUUUUCAUUUGUUAAAAGGGAUUCAAGUCGUCAUUGGGGAGCAUGAAUUUAUUUGCACCAAUAAAAUAGUCAAAUUAGAGUCAAGAACCACUCAAACCAUACAGUACAAUUAGUAAGAUUAAUCGUCUAGCAAUUUAGAGAUCAUACCAAGCUCUUAUUUCUCCCACUGAAAGGUUAGCGUUUCAUAUUCAAAGUGUAACUUCCAAUUAGAAAAAGUAACAUCCACGCACAGGUCUUGACUUGACUUUAACUUGCUUGGUCAGACCUGAUCAGCAAAGUAAAACUGAUGCAAUACAGUCCUUGUGCAACUUCUAACACGAGCGAUAGAAGAAGAAAAAAAGAUUCUUCCGUUAUCAGCACUACUUUUACUGACUGACUCGUAAACAACUUUGACAAACUCAAACUGUAGCCUAUAAGUUCUGGUUAGCCAUUUGAAAUGAUUUUUUUCCUUGCAAGCACAAUCAUGGUUGACCUUAUUUGGGAAAAAAAAAAAAAAAAAGACGAAAACUGUCUUUGUAUAAAAGUGUUGUUGACGUCUGUUUUCAGCAUUUUUCGGGGGGGGUUUAAUAAUAAUAAUAAUAGAACCCUUUUCUCAACCGUUAGGGAAGAUAUCUGCUUCACUGGACAAGACUAUGUGCCAACCAAGAACUUUUGUCUACACUGUUCAAAUCUCAGUCUGUACACCAAAGCAAGCCUCUCAAACGUGCUGCAUUACAGUAUGCUACCGUAAUGCUCCAGACAAAGAGUUCCUGUCUUAGCUGUACAUUUAACAAACAAGUUCACCUCACUAAUGGCCAUUUAUUAAUCUGCCUUCCACUGAUUUGAGAUACGGAGGUGUCGUUUAUUCUUCCUGAUUCUCCUGAGCAUGCAAACUGCAGAAUAUUUUUACUUUUCUACGCUUGGACUCGUUAUACGUCAGCUACCGUCUGUAACCUAACUGCAGCCGUCCAAUAUAUUGUUGCUAACUUAACACUAUGCAUGUCACAAUGUAGAAUAGGCAUUCCACAUCAGACUACACAUCGUGUGAUACUGCACUAUUGAUACUAACACACUGUUUAUGAACCUGUUUUUGUAUCGUUUGUUCGCUUUUAUGAGAGAAUAUUUUUUAUUUCAUUUUCAAAUAGUCGUUGGUGUCCGUGUACACAACAAUGAAAUGAAGACGUAGGUCAUUGAAAGCAUUAUCUCCUCAUGGAAUCACUUUGCAGAAGCAUCAAAGUGCCUUUUUUGUUUGUACUGAGUGGGCAUCUGAAUGACUGUUUUGGGGCUUGGAAACCAAGAAUGGACAGUUUUUGUUAUUACGGUGGUUUGAGAAAAGUAUUUGUGUUUUGUAAUGCAUUUCCCACAUUUUCAGAGCAUUCAUUUCAUUCUCAAUAGCUGGUGUGUGUGUGUGUGUGUGUGUGUGUAUUGAUAAACUAGAUCACUGGGCUGCUGUUGAACAGUGCAUUGUGGUUCCUUUCAAUGGAGUGGUCAGUCUGCCUUCAUUCAAAUAUGUCUUUUUCUUUUUUUAAAUAAACGGAUGCAAAGUGGGCCUAA